CUCCUGUAGAAAACUUGGUUAAAGUUUAACACUUUCUGUCUUCUCAUCUCUUACAAGAGUGUUUCUGUGUUCAAUUUUGAGUAGAUAUGGAAGUGGUUGCUGUUGGGUCAAUGGAGACGCAGAGACAGGAGACAUGGGCUUGCUCUGUCACUGAGUCGUUUCUCAUCCUCGCCGGAAAGAACCUGGCUUGUCUUCUCCUUGUGGCAGAAUCUUUGCUGAUAGGGUUGAUGGCUGUUGACCAGAGGUUGUCUCUGAAGGAGGGUUACAAAAGAGGAAGCCGUGCUGAGGAAAACAAAGAUGCUAGUGACACUGAAGAUGACGACGAUGAUGAUGAAGACGCUGAUGAGGAUGACGACGAUGAGGAUGAUGCUAAUGAUGAAGAUUUCUCAGGGGGUGAAGGGGAAGAAGGGGAAGAAGCUGAUCCAGAGGAUGAUCCAGUGGCUAAUGGUGCAGGAGGAAGCGAUGACGAUGAUGACGAUGAUGAGGAGGGUGAUAAUGAUGACGAUGAUGAGGACAAUGAGGAUGAGGAAGAAGACGAGGAUGAGGAAGAUGAUGAUGAUGUUCGCCAGCCGCCCUCUAAGAAGAGAAAAUGAAUCAUGAGUUAAUGAGUGUUUGUGGUUUGGAUGGUUAAAGACUUGAAGAGGAUGCUCUGUGUUGGUUUAAGUAGUGUAGGGAAACUUAUCGUCCUCUUAUUGAACUUCAUCUUCUCUUGUUGUUACUAUUUGUUGUCAUGUGUGAUUUUUCGAUGUGGAUUUUAGUUAUCUUCU